AAAAUGUUUUAAAAUUUUAAAAUAAAAAGACCAUAAAAUGGUGUAUUAUAUUUUUCCUUAAUAAAGAUUCCCAUCUACAAAAUGGUACAAAAUGUUUAUUUUAAAAUUUCUCUUACUCCUCCCUUCAUCACUUUCCACCUGAUUUUCUUUCCUCUAAUCACAGCUUGUUUUCCAGUCCUCUCUCCUCAGAGACUCUCUCCCUCUCUUGGAUUUUCAUCUCAAGAAUCCAGACAGGGAGAGUGUGAAAUCACAGGAGGAACUAAUUAAACAAAGAAAUUCAAAAAGUUGUUGCUGCAAAAUCAAGAGGAUUCUUCUUCUUCUUCUUCAAAAGUUAGGGCAAAAGGUCUUUAUGGUUCUGAGCAUGCAUUGGAGUCUGCCUUGUUUCACUCUCUGAAUGGAAAACUAGUUAAAGGAAAGGCUUGAGAAAUUGUAAUCAGGAGAGAUGACGAAACAUGGGUUUAGCGAGUCAAUAAAAUCCUUCUUUGGGGAUCACAUUCAUCAUGAGAAAACCCAAGAACAUGAAAGUAAUAAAACAGAUUUCGAGGAUAAAGUAAAGAAAUUGUUGAAGCUGACCAAAGAAGUAGAUAAUGAAGCAGAAUCUGACAAAAGUUCAGAAAUCGUUCAUCUGGUUGAGAAUGUCCACGAACAAUAUGAAUCCCUCCAUAAUCGUUACAGUCAUCUCACUGGACAGCUACGAAGCAAGGCUGAUUACAAGGGUAAAACAGAUGGAAGCUCUUCAUCUUCCUCCAGCUCAGACUCGGAAUCUGACCAUUCUUCGAAGAAGCAAACCAAGAAAAAAAGCAAAGGAGAGAAUGGGUCUAAAAAUCUUACAGAAAGCCUGAAACAUGAACCUGAAGUUACAAAUAAGAAAUUGGCUGCUAUCAGUGAUGAGAUAGAAGCUUUAUAUUUGAAAAUGCAAGAAUCAGAUAAAAUCAUUGAAGAUCUCAAAAAGAUAGAAGCUGAAUUGAACCAGAAAUUGGAAGACAGAAAGAAAGAAAAUGAAGCUUUGAUCACGGAGAAGUCAACGGUUGUGGCCAAGAUGGAAGAGAGGGAAGAUGCAUUUUCUGCACUUACAAAGAAAUACUCAGACCUCGAAAGUGAAAAAUCAGCUGCAGUUCACGGGUUAGAGGCGCAGAUAGCUGACCUCAAACUGGAAUUUGACGCCCUAACUACCAGAGAAAAGGACCUUCAAGAACAAAUUGAAAGUAAAACCAGUGAAGCUAUACAGUUGAGAGAGGAAAACUCCAGUUUGCAGUUACUCAAAACUGAAUUGCAAGAUCAAGUUUUGGUCGUGGAAAGCAAAUUGAGCGAAAAAAUAGAAGAGAUCUCUGGUGUUCUGAGUAACCUUCAAACAGAAAUAGACACGUUGAGACUUCAGAAUGGCGAAUUGGAACAACAGGUGAAGACCAGAACCUCCUUUGCUAACCAGUUGAAAGAGGAUAUUUCUGCGUUGGACAUUCUGAAAUCCAACUUGGAAGGGCGAAUUAUUGGUUCAGAAGAAGAUUUGAGAUCGAAAGAAGGUAAUCUCAAUGACCUCCUGAAACAACUCGAGGAUGUUAAGACUAAAACAUCAGAAGAAGGUGAUGCCUUAAGGGAGGAUUUAAAAGCAAAAAUAAAGAACUUGGAACUGGAGGUAGGCUCGUUGGGUGCCCAGAAAAGCGAGCUAGAAGAGCAGUUAAGCAUUAAAGUCAGCCAGGCAGAACAGUCAUGGGGAGAGAACUCUGGGCUGCGAAUGUUGAAAUCUAGCAUGGAAGAACAGAUCUCUAAUCUGAAUAAUUUGGUAGAGGAAAUGAAAGGGAAAGAAGAGAACCUUUGUGAUCAGCUAAGAAAAGUUGAGGGUGACAAGAAUGAAGCACUAGCAGAAACCAAUACACUUGUGGAAGGCUUAAAGAUACAGGUAAGCAGCCGAAGUAGAUUCCUUGAGCAGACAGAAAAGCGAGUCAGAGGAGCAGGGAAAAGCUAUGUCCCAUGAAUAUCAACAGUUGCGAGCAGAAAAUUCGGAUCUGUUACUUCUAAAAUCCAGCAUGGAAGAACAGAUUAUAAAUUUAAACAGUUUGAUAGAGGAAAUGAAAGUGAAAGAAGAAAACCUUUGUGAUCAGUUGACAAAACUCGAGGAUGGCAACAACGUAGCAGUAGCAGAAACCAAUACAUUAAUGGAAUAAGUGUCGGGAUUAAAAAUGCGGGGAGGAAGGAUAGGAUUAUGGAAAUUUAUGAGAGAGCUAUUGCUAAUGUUCCUCCUGGCAGCGGUAUAUAUACAUGUGGAUCAAUUAUGCUCUGUACGAAGAGCUUGAUGCCGAAGACAUGGAUCAACGAGAGAAGUUUACAGGGAGUGUCUUAAGCUGAUUCCUCACAAGAAGUUCUCGUUCGCGAAAUAUGGCUUAUGGCUGCACAAUUUGAGAUACGACAGAAGAAUCUUAGACAGUGCAAUUGGAGUGUCGCGGCUGGCGCUAAAGAUAAGAAAAAUGUUAUGCUUAGAUCAAAUUUGCUGAAUUGGAGAUAUCUUUGGGUGAGACUGAACGGACCAGAGCAAUUUUUGAGCUUGCAACAGAACAACAUCAUUUGGAUAUGCCAGAAUUGUAUGAAAGGCAUACACCGAUUUCGAAAUUUCGGAGCGUGAGGAUGCAAAUACCAGGCUCUAUAUGAGAAGCUGCUAAUUCGCACAACCCACUAUAAGGUGUGGGAAGCUACGCCAAGUUUGAGGAUUCACUCCUAUCGAAGAGGAAGAUGAGCAAGAUGGAGAGGAAGAGAAUGAAGACCUUAUAGAACAGAAAAAGCAGUGCCUCAGUAAAGCUUGAGAGAUUUUUGAGAGAGCCCUGAAACAUUAUAGAGAAAAUGCUCCUGAGUUGAAGGAGAGAGCUAUGCUUUUGGAGGAAUGGCUGAAAGUUGGGCAGCAAUUCGGCAGUGUUGGAGACACAAAUAUCGUUGAGAAAAGGAUGCUGAAGAGCCUUAAGAAGAGGAAGGAGAUCUCUUCAGAUGAUGGUCCAACAGCUUAUGAAGAGUAUCAUGAUUACAUCUUUCCUGAAGAAACUUCUUGGAAGCUGCUUAUAAGUGGAAAAAGCAGAGGAUGGCUCAUAAUGAAGAUUGAUUCGACAUAGGUUGGAGGGGAGCAGAGUCACAAGAUCAGAGAAGUCUACAUAAUGUUUGUACAAGGCGGUUGCCCUCUUUUGCUUCAGAAAUUUCCAAAUUUCAUUGUAAUAUUGUAUCAAUUGAAGCUGCACUUAAGUAUUGCAGUCAGCAGUCCUCACUAUCUUCCUUUCUGCUUGUAGGGGAAGUUUUCCUUUUAAAAUCAUCUAUUUUUAUUUUCUUUUGUUGUUUUCUCGCUGGAA